UGGAAAUAAAAACGGAGCUGAGUGCACAGCAGCACGUGCUGUAAUGUGCGGUUUUUGCCUCUCAGCACUGGAGCCAUGGAGCAGGCUGAUAUUUAAUAACAACACACAACUGCUGCUUCAUGAGUACAAGAAGCCCUUCUCCCCCAUUCCUUCUCCCCCCUUCUUCUUGGCUCCUGCCCUCUCUCCAGGAGCAGGAGGUCAGCAGUGGGUGCAUGAGGGUUUCCCUCUGCCACGCCUUCCCUCUUACACUUGUAUCCUGUUGCAAUAUGGACUCUUCCCAGGGGCUGCAGUCUGUCAAGAAAACCUGCUCUGGUGCUUUUCACCUGUAAAUAUGAUUUUAUAGAGUCACCACUGAUGUUUCUAGUGGGCUGAGCCAUGCCUUGCAGUGUGUCUGUCUGAGAGCUGUCUGAAGGUGUGCUCCAUAGGGCAACCCUGGGUUUCUCUCCCAGGAUCCAUCUCUGCAGCCCUCUGCCCUCAAAUCCUGGCUUGCUGCAGAGAUGAAGUCUCUGUCUAAAAGCAGAACUCACAAACUGCGGGCCUGAAAUCCACGCAUUCUCACUCGCACUAAGCUUCUGUUCAGUGGCAUUGUGAUGAUGCUAAUUUCUCAACUGACCCCUAGAGGUGUAGGGUGUAUUUUCUUCACCUACGGACUCCCAGCAGUAAGCACUGAAGGCACUUGCAUGUAGGGAUAGGAAAUGAUGGGGUCAGCAAAGUUGCUUGCAUUGUUUGUACAUACACACAUGCGUUCAGAGGAGAUUUAGGUUUGCCUCCCGUCUUCCCACACAGAUCCAAGCUGCAGAAGUCAGAGUAGCUGACACUGUUGCUCUGUAAGGAGCGUGCUGCUGGUAGAGGAGGCUCAAGAGAUGCAGCCGAACUAAACUAGUAGAGCACACCAGCUCUGUCUGUGGUUUACUUGCAGGUAAUCAAGCAAAACACAAGGUGGCUUGGAAAGAUGGACCAUUUUAACACAUCCAAAAAUCGGUAUAGAUCAUCCCACCCCUAGUGACCACCUCCAGAAGCAGGAAGUGCUACAUACCAUAAAGUAUUGCACCACCACCACGGCUCAGAAGAGAUUGCAGGAGAUGGGGAGGUUGUAGGUGGACACGGCCUAUUUGGUGCCCUGUCAGCUGGUGAAAGGCUUGGGUUGUCUGCUUUGUUCUGUCACAAAGUUUAGUGCCUAUCUGCAAAGUGUGUGUUACAGUUUGGCUGAACAUAAGCUAGAGAAACAUUUUGUGAACUCCUUGUUGAGUUGAAUCAGAAGCCCGUGGCAGGGUUUAAUGCAUCUUGUUGGAAAUGUACUGCCAGCCUUUUCCUGCUGUGUAGAUUCCUGUUUUGGAAGUUGACUCUUGGUCUGUUCAUGAGGCAGUCUGGGGGCCUCGUGCAGGAGAGUGCUGAGGGAUUUGAAGUGUCUGCUGCUGCUGCACCUGCAGGUACAGCACUGAAGUGGCUUCCCAUCAGCUGACUAGCAGGGAACAAUUCUUUCUCUAAGCUGCAAAGGCUCUGAGAAAUCCAAGUUAACUUUCCUCCAAGGGAAGCCCUGCUUUGGAGGUAAAUCCAUCUGGUAGGCAGGUUGAUUGAGUGCAAGAUCAUAUUUUUUUCAAGUGAUUUCUUUGAAAAGUGCCGACAUGCAGGACAAGUCAAAGAGGAGUUAAUUUGGAACAGAAUGCAUUUUCAAAAGAGAGAUAAAGCAAAACGUCCACCUUACAGCUUUUGAGUCGUCCUGAGGGGCAGAAGAGGGGCUGGUCCCUGUUUGUGAUGCAAGGUUGGCUGCAGGUACCACGCGCUUCUGUGCAGGCAUUGUGAGCACAGCCAGGCCCGUGUCCCUUGAGCUGAAGAUGGCACACUACUCCAACAAGCUGUACCAGCAGCUGGAGCAAGAGACAGGAGUGCAAACAGGGUACGUGAAGACAGGCUCCGUGUCCCUGGCUCAGACUCAGGAUCGGCUGAUCUCCCUGAAGCGCAUUGCUUCAUCUCUCAACGUCUCGGGGAUCCCCUGCGAAAUCAUCAGCCCCAAGCAAGUGGCACAGCUCCACCCGCUCAUCAACAUCCACGACCUGGUGGGGGCCAUGUAUGUGCCUGAGGAUGCACUGGUGCUGUCUGCCAACGUCAGCCUGGCUCUGGCCACAGCUGCCUCGCGGAACGGCGUCCAGAUCCACGAGCGGACGAGUGUCAGCCAUGUGUCAGUGCAGAAAGGUCGUGUGACCGGAGUUGAGACCGACAGGGGACACAUUAAAUGCCAGUACUUCGUCAACUGUGCUGGCCAGUGGGCCUAUGAGUUGGGCCACUCUGGGGAGGCACCAGUCAACAUCCCAGUGCAUGCCUGCGAGCACUUCUACCUCCUGACACAUCCUCUGAAGGAACCUCUGGCAAACAACAUCCCCACUGUUGUGGACCCCGAUGGCAGGAUCUACAUCCGCAGCUGGCAGGGCGGAAUCCUCUCAGGGGGCUUUGAGAAAAACCCCAAACCUCUUUUCACGGAGGGACGGAACCAGCUGGAGAUCCACAACCUCCAGGAGGACUGGGAUCACUUUGAACCCCUGCUGAGCUCCCUCCUGCGCAGGAUGCCCAACUUGGAGGCCCUGCAGAUCAUGCAGUUGGUGAACUGCCCGGAGUCCUUCACGCCAGACAUGCGGUGCAUCAUGGGCGAGUCGCCCACCGUGCGGGGAUACUUCGUCCUGGCUGGAAUGAACUCGGCUGGGAUCUCAUAUGGUGGGGGAGCAGGCAAGUACCUGGCAGAGUGGAUGGUACAUGGCUACCCAUCCGAGAACGUCUGGCCUUUGGAUCUGAAGCGUUUUGGCACUCUUCAGAGCAGCCGCACCUUCCUCCGUCACCGUGUGAUGGAAGUCAUGCCUCUCAUGUGUGACCUGAAGGUUCCCCGCUGGGACUUCCAGACGGGCAGACAGCUGCGCACCUCCCCGCUGUACGACCGCCUGGAUGCCCAGGGGGCCAGGUGGAUGGAGAAGCACGGCUUUGAGAGGGUCAAAUACUUCGUCCCACCUGGGAAAGAUCUGCUGGAUUUGGAUCAGAGCAAAACCUUCUACAAACCAGACUGGUUUGAGAUCGUGGGUUCCGAAGUCAAGUGCUGCAAGGAGGCAGUGUGUGUGAUCGACAUGUCGUCCUUCACCAAGUUUGAGAUAAGUUCCACAGGAGACCAGGCGCUGCAGAGCCUGCAGUACCUCUUCUCCAACGACCUGGAUGUGCCAGUGGGGCACGUUGUGCACACUGGCAUGCUGAAUGAGAACGGAGGCUAUGAGAACGACUGCAGCAUAGCGCGCUUGAGCAAACGCAGCUUCUUUAUGAUUUCCCCAACUGACCAACAAGUCCAUUGCUGGGCCUGGCUGAAGAACCAUUUGCCUGAAGAUAGCAACUUGACCAUAGAAGAUGUGACCUGGAAGUACACGGCUCUCAACCUGAUCGGCCCCCGUGCUGUGGAUGUCUUGUCAGAGUUGUCCUAUGCCCCAAUGACCCCGGAACACUUUCCUUCUUUCUUCUGCAAGGAGAUGAGCGUGGGCUACGCUAAUGGCAUCCGAGUGAUGAGUAUCACUCACACAGGAGAGCCUGGAUUCAUGCUUUAUAUUCCCAUCGAGUAUGCCCUCCAUGUGUACAACGAGGUGAUGAACACGGGGCAGAAGUACGGCAUCCGCAACGCCGGUUAUUACGCGCUGCGCAGCCUGCGGAUCGAGAAGUUUUUUGCCUUCUGGGGCCAGGAUCUGGAUGCCUUUACCACUCCUAUGGAGUGUGGCCGUGAGUUCCAGGUCAAGCUGGAAAAGGGGAUGGAGUUUGUUGGCCAGGAAGCUCUGUUGGAGCAGAAGCAGAACGGGGUGUACAAACGCUUCACCAUGUUCAUUCUCGAGGACCACGACACAGAUAUGGACCUCUGGCCCUGGUGGGGCGAACCCAUCUUCCGCAACGGCCGCUACGUGGGCAAAACCACCAGCAGUGCCUACAGCUACACUCUGGAGCGCCACGUCUGCCUUGGCUUCGUGCAGCACUUCGAUGAGAAGACAGGGGAAGAGCUGGUGGUGACGACUGACUUCAUCAACCAGGGCGAGUACGAGAUCGACAUCGCCGGGCAGCGCUUCCAGGCCAAAGCCAAACUCUACCCCUUCAGCUCCCUCUUUGCUCAGCGUCGCCGCAAGGAUGAGGUGGAACUGAGUGGCUACCAGAGGGAGUAGUGCCGGCUGGAGCCCCACUCCUUUUUCCCAAGCUGGAGCCUUCAGCUGCCACCUUCCAGUGCUCUCUCCAUACCUCCAUACGUUUCUUUUCUUUUUUUCCUUUCCAGCCUUGCAACUUUUAAACUUUUUUCCAGCGUGUUCCAUUUUGUAUGUUUUAAAACUUUUAAUUCUCCAGCUUUCUGAACCCUGUCCGUCUCCCUCCCUCAGCCCUUUGCUUGCCAGGCUCCCCCAUGUCUCAAAGCACAGUGCUGAACGUGCACCCAGGUGCCCAUGGGAGCGUUUCAGUGGGAAGCCUGUACAGGAGCAAACAUCUCCAUAGCCCUGCAGUGAUGGGAAGGGCUCAGGGGAGCUCCUGAGGACUACAGCCUUUCUCUCUCCUGCAGUAUAAGGCACAGGACAGCAGGUAUUGGCUCUGCUCUGCUGUCACUUUGGCAGGUGACCACUUUGCAGAGGGGUCAGUGCGUGGAUGCACACAGCCAUAGAGCGACCAGCUACCUCACCAGCACAGCACACAGCAUUGGGUGAGCAGGCAGGUGUUGGUGUGUCCCAGCCAGCCCCACCAUUUUGCCUAGCAGGGAACCCAGUAGGUUUAACCAUCACAUCAUGGAGAUGAUGCUGGUAAGUCUUUCAUUGUCAUUUGGGUUGGAUUUUUUUUUUGUGGGGGGUCAGUGUUGGUCUUCAGUUGUAUUUAUAGGAAUUCUACAUGGGUAGAUAAUGCAUAUAAUCUGCCUUUAUGUAUAGAAUUGAAGACCAACGUAUGUUUUAGUUCUGUAAGGGAGUGGGGUUGUUUUCUAUUAGCAGAAAUAGGGCAGGUGUUGGUGUUCCACGCUGCCAGCACUGUUGAAACACCACUUUGUUUCAGCCACACAGCGUGCAGUCCCUCUGUGAGCAUUCUUUCACUUUCCCUCAUUGACAUGACUGUCUGGCAAGGUUCAUGCAGAGAACACAAGUUUUCUUACCAACUCGUGUUUGGGGACAUAAGGAAAGCAGGCGGCGCCAAGUUGUGUCACACAGGUUGACAUCUUUCUCUUCUUCUGGUUGUGAGAGCGACCAGAAGCAAAGCUUUUCUUUAUUUCCUGGAAGGAGGAGGUUGGCUGUGCCUCCUGGCCCUGGCACCCACCUAUUCACUAUGGCUUUCCUGCUCCCCUCCAUGCCAACAUCACCCUGGAGUUUAAGCUCAGCCUUGCACUGAUGCAGCCUUGAUGAACACUGUAAUUUGGGGGCAUUUUCCAGUGAAGUGGUGAACGUCACGAGUGUAAAUAUGAGCUCUAAGCCUUGGCAAGCUCCCGCUUUGUUUCCUGCUACUUCAGUUGUGCCUUCAGUUGAGCCUUUGGUCGGCCAGUUUGUGGUUGAGAUGUUCUCAGUGUGAAGUUGGACAGAGCUGAGGCAACGAGGGUGGAAGGGAAAACCCUUUAUGCCUUAAGAACAGAGCAAGUUCCCCAUUCAGGCUGGUACGGAAGCUGCAGACAUUACAAGUGGAACUUUGUGUUGACUCUCCAGUACCAGAAAUAAAGUGAGAGCAGCCCUACGUCGCGCCGCUCGACGGAGGAGCGCUGUGCCAGGGUUGAGGCUCAGGGCUGGGCGGUUUGGCACUUGCUCCUGCCUUCCCUUCUGCAAGUUCUGGUUCUUCUUUUGGAUCUGGAGCUGCGUUCUGUCCCUCGCUGUGGCCGUGCCUGACCUCCCAUGCCUUGCUGGUCUUUGAGAGGCUGCUGAAGCAACCCGUGCUGGAGAAAGGACUUUGUUGUUGACAUUUAGUGACCUGGGGAUGAGAGGAAGCCAGCUGUUGAGAAGUGUUUUCUAUUUCAGCAGGGUGUGCUGCGGUCAUUUUCACAUCUAUCUUUGCCAGACUUCAUUUCUUCCUCGUGUCUCUGUCUGGAUUUGCUGCUCCUUGCUGCUGCAGUUCAUCUUGCUGUUCUGUGGUGAGCAGGAGGGGCUGUGCAAUGCCUGCCCUGCAUCUCGGGGUCGUGUUUCAAGCCUGGCUUCCUCCUCCUGUUGCUGUGCCCACUCCCAUCCCCUGGCACAGGGCUUCCUCGGGCUGGAGUCCUGUGCUUCCAUGGGACCUCAGGCCGUGACUGAUGGGGGUGAAAAGCAGGGACUGAAACUCUUACAUUUGAGGAGGGGAAAAAAAUUACGACAAACGACUGCCCUCCACUUUUGCAAAGGAAAUCCGUUCCUUAUGGGGCAGGAUUCUUGUUUUAGAGCAGAACACGUGGCUGCUGGUAAAGCCCAGCAAAAAAACAUCAUCACCUUUGGAUUCGUCUUCCCGACUGGUUUCAUUGGGACAUUUGGGCAGCUCGAUUCUUGACCGUGUCAGCAAGUUGAAGGCUUUCAACUUCCUUAAGUGGCUGCCAGGGCUGGGGAUGGCUUAUUUUACCUCCCCGUUCCAGCGGGAAACAGGAUGCGGGGGAGCAGGGAGCAGUGCCACCAGGCAUACAGGAAGAGCAGGCAGCAUUUCUCUUUGCACUUUAACCGCUCGGAGCCCUCAGCAGGAGCAGCCCUGUGUGUUUUGGGGCAGGAGAAGAGCCUGCAAGCAUUGGCUCAGCUCCUCCUGGGCAGGGUGAGGCUCUGCAGGCAGGCAGCCCGUGCUCCCACCGCGUGUACCUGCAGGCUGUUGCUCAGAGCCCCUCUUGCUUCUUGCAGUCUCCCAUUUUCAAGAGCUGCAAUGACUUCCAAAAGGGUUCUGUGGCAGAAAUGUUAGGAACGAGUGCAGCUCGAGGCUGUGAAAGCGUUCCUUAGUGCCUUACAUGGUGGAAGGGGUGGAGGUGGGCAGAGCAGCUCACUGUGCCCGCGCGGGGUCUCUGCAUGGGAGGAUGCAGGCAGCUCCUUCAAGCUCAGAGGGGCUGAGGAGAUGCAGCACUGCUCCUGCCUGGCCAUGGGGGACACGGAUUGUUCCCAAGCACACAAACAGGGCUGAGCUGGCUGCUCUCUGCUGGGGCUGUUCUGUAUGCUGUAUUUAUUGCCGUGCUUUACGUCAUUUCAUAUUUUGGUUGGCUUGAAUGUUGCUAGGUUUGUAUAUUAAUAAAGAAGUGUUUUAACUA